AUGGAGGCUGAAACUUGGAAGAAUGGAACUGCUGAACAGGUGGCUGCUGGCCCACAUAAAAUGGGGGACUUUGAUGCGGAUGCGAAGGAACCAUUGUAUUCAUUACAGGCAUCAUCUGAGGCUCGUAAUAUUUGUGGGGGAUUAGGGUUGACAGAGGCGAAUGUGGACUUUGGGUGGGCGAGUGUCCCAGUCUUGGUGGGCUGGUGCUGUUGGCAUGGUUGGCGCGAGGGUCUGGGCCAGGCGGAAUCACAAACUCCAACGGGGAUGAGUAAAGCUGGAAUUUUUCGUAGCACUGUUCCCACAGAAAUUGACCCACAAGCCAUUGUGGGACGUCUGAAAUUUCAGUGA